CCGAAGACGAGCCUGUGGGGCCUGGAAGCCGCUGGCAUUGACGAGACCACGCCGGCAGGGGUGCAGAGCGUGCUCCUGGAGCGCCGCUGGGACAGAUUUCACAAAGGGGAGCAAGACGUGGAGGACUGGGACCUGCACUGGAGGCCACCCGCCUUCUGGAUGGCCCGGCGCCUGAAGCACAUGUGGAGGCUGUACGGCUCGCGCUUCUACGAGUUCCUGCCACCGACGUGCAUUGUGCCCAAUGACUACGGCAAGUUCAUGACCGAGAACUUCAAGGAGAAGCCGUGCAGGGCAGGGGCACUGGCGGGGCACCCACACGGUGGGCCACCCACCCCUCACAGCUACGGGAUCUGCAAGUCUGCAGAGCUGUCUCGCAGGAGGGGAAUCAUAAUUUUCAGGGACAUUAAGGACUUUGCUUUCGACAACACAUGCGUGGUACAGAAAUACAUCUGCAAUCUGCUGGUGGGCACGCACAAAUGUGACCUCCACAUCUACGUCUGCAUCCCUGGCUUUAAGCCUUUGACCAUCUACAUUUAUCAGGAAGGGCUAGCGCGCUUUGCCACAGAAAAGUUCGACCUCGGUAACCUGCAGAACGAUUAUGCCCAUUUGACCAACAGCGUUAACAAAUCUGGGGCCUCGUAUGAGAAGAUCAAAGAGACAAUCAGGCGUGGCUCCAAGUGGACCCUCAGCAGGCUCUUCUCCUAUCUUCGCAGCUAGGACGUGGACGACCUGCUCCUGUGGCAGAAAAUCAACCAGGUGCUCGUCCUCACGGUCCUCGCCAUCACCCCGUCAGUGUCCUCUGCAGGGAACUGCUUUGAGCUCUUCGGAUUUGAUAUUUUGAUCGAUGACAACUUGAAACCGUGGCUCUUAGAGGUCAAGUACAGCCCGGCCCUGUAUGAGGAUUGUUCAGCAGACAUAUCCGUGACAAGAAAGCUCAUCCACAACACCACUGAACUGAUUUCCUUGCAUGGCCUACGUCGCGACAGGAGAGAAGGCAGUGAGGCCAGCACCUGCCUCGCCCACCCCAGCACCAGGUGCAGCCCCUCAGGCAGCCCCCUCCCCUGCCAGCCCCCUGGGCAGCUCAUGGAGAGAGUCUUGCAGUGA